CGCUGCAGAAGGUCCUGUGUGAAGGUACGCCCCGGGAGGCAGCAUGAAGCUCCGGGUGAGAGUCGGAGGACAGACUGGGAGACUGGAGCUGGAGGAGGAGAAGCCAACAUUGGGAGAUCUCCGUAGGAAACUGUCUGCAUCGUUCCUUCCCUCGCUGGGGUACAGUUCGGAUGUGACUUUCACCAUCACUCUGAAUGGCAAGGACGCCCUGACGGAUGACCAGGGUAACCUAGAGUCAUGCGGUAUCAUAUCCGGAGAUCUGAUAGUUCUUCGAGUGCCAGACUCGCAGCUUGUUACAGCAGCUCCAUCAUCGGCAGCAGCUCAGCCUGUCCCAAAUCUGCGCCAACCCUCUGUCCCUAACGCAGAGGGUGUCCAGCCCAGCAAAAGUCACAGUGUCCAGAAGGAUGAUUGUACGCCAGUAACACAGAGCUUACCAGAGCCCAUGGCUAGUUCCUGCCAUGAAGCAGAAGCCAGGGAGGCUACAGUGGAAGCAGAGCCCCCUUACUGUCUGGCAGAGCCGAUGUUGGUCAGUGAAUCUGUAGAUGGGAAGAUACCGCACUCCCUCGAGUCCCUCUACCUCUCCGCUGGCUGCACCAGCCCUAACGAUGCUCUGAUGGUGGUUAUCCAUGUACUUAUGUUGGAGACGGGCUACAUUGUUCAGAGUGUUGAAGGAAAAGGUGCGUCUAUGCCUGAGGGGUGGCGGCACACUGAUGACAUCUACAAGCUUCGUUACACUCAUCCCCUGUGUGGAGACAGUUCUGCCCUUUUGGCCUGUGUGCCUAUGAGCAAGCUCCUUAUAAUAAAUGCCACAGUGAACAUGAACCAGGAAGUGAAAUGUGUGAAGACCCUUCCGCUGCCCUCCAGUUCCUUCAUCAACUUCCCAGCACCGGAUAAUAAUGUGAGCUUAGUGUACAGGGACCUGCAGAAGUUAUCACGUCUCUUCAAGGAUCAGUUUGUUUACCCUUUACUCGCUGCGACACGACAAGCCCUGGAACUACCCGAUGUGUUCGGUCUGCUGGUUUUACCACUGGAACUAAAGCUGCGCAUCUUUCGCCUCCUGGAUGUGCGCUCACUUCUCUCACUUUCCACCUCUUGUAAAGAUCUACAUGUAGACACAAGAGACCCCACCCUGUGGAAGCUCUUAUGCAGAAGGGAUUUCCGAGACCGAACUUCAAGGAUGCCGCAGACAGACUGGAAGGAUCUGUACAAGGCAAUGUAUAAAGCAAGAUUACGUCGGCUGACUCCACAUCAAAUUUUCCAGCCAUAUCCUUCUCCACCCUACCUGCCUAACCCUUUCGUCCCUAACCCAUUCCCGCCCAACUUUCCCUAUCCACCUGGUAUCAUUGGAGGUGAAUAUGAUGAACGUCCAAUGCUACCCAUUGCUAGAGACCCCCUUUCUCUUUUCGUACCUGGCAGAAGGCCAAUAAUGGACCCUUUCCAACCCAUUGGGCCUCACAUCAACCCCAAUUUACCAGGCCGUGGUGGCUUUCUACCCAGAAGACCAAACAACCGAGGAGCCUUCAUGCCACCAUUCUUUUAAAAAAUAGUGACGAAUAGUGGAUUUGUCACAUUGCUAGAGACCCCCUUUC